AUGAAGCUCCCUAAAAUCCACAAUCCCCUCUUCAUCGCCGUGGUCGCUACACUCGGUGGUAUGCUCUUUGGCUUCGACAUCUCAUCCAUGUCUGCCAUCAUUCUCACCGACCAAUACAGAGAUUUCUUUGACAAUCCUAGCGGAGUCAGACAAGGAGCUAUUGGAUCCUCGCUUGCUGCUGGCUCCGUGUUUGGCUCAGCCAUCGCUGGACCUUUUUCGGAUUGGAUUGGACGCCGAAAUUCAAUCUUUUAUUCGUGCUUCUUCUGGAUCGUCGGGACGGUGCUGCAGACUGCUACUAAUGGGUUUGGUAUGCUGGUCGCUGGUAGGGUGCUCAAUGGCAUAACUGUCGGAAUCACUAGCAGUCAGGUGCCUGUGUAUCUCGCCGAGAUUGCUCGCAAAGAAAAGCGUGGCUCGCUCAUCAUCAUACAGCAAUUGGCCAUUGAGGUUGGAAUCUUGAUAAUGUACUUCUUAGGCUAUGGCUGUACGUUCAUUCCAGGCCCAGCUUCUUUCCGUACAGCUUGGAGUAUGCAGUUCGUGCCUUGCUUCUUUCUCAUGCUCGGUCUACCUUUCCUUCCUGAGUCACCGAGAUGGCUCGCAAAGGUAGAUCGAUCGGAGGAAGCUAUUCAGACACUGGCAGAUAUCCAGGCUGAGGGCAACGUGGACGACCCCACCGUCGUUGCCGAGUGGGAAGACAUCACAACAACGCUGGCUGCCGAACGCUCUGCUCUUCCUGGUUGGCGCAAAUUCGUCUACAACGGUAUGUGGAAGAGAACAGUGGCCGGCUUCUGCGUUCAGAUGUGGCAGCAGAAUAGUGGUGCAAACGUGAUGACUUAUUACGUUGUGUACAUCUUUGGAAUGGCUGGUCUGUCAAACAACGUCAAUCUGAUCUCCAGCGGUGUUCAAUAUGCGAUCUUCAUUAUCGGUACCGCCAUCAUGUUCUUCUACGUCGACAAGGUUGGCAGAAGACCACUGUUGAUUUAUGGCGCCAUUGCUAUGGGUGUAUGCCAUUUUGUUGUCGGCGGUGUACUCAGCACUGGCACCUAUGUUCCAGAUGGCGUAGAUGGCAAUCCAAACAUCAAGAUCCUGGUUGGAGGUUCAGCAGGAAAUACGGUCAUUGCCUUCUGCUAUCUGCUCAUUCUUAUCUACAGUAUGAGUUUAGCGCCAGUGUGUUGGAUAUACGCGGCAGAGGUGUGGUCAUUGGAGACAAGAGCAACUGGCAUGGGAAUUGCGGCCAUCGGCAACUGGCUUUUCAACUUCGCGUUGGGCAUGUACAUCCCUCCUGGUUUCCAGAACAUCACCUGGAGAAUGUUCAUCAUCUUUGGUGUCAUGUGCUUCCUAGGAGCAGCACAGUUCUUCCUCACGUUUCCAGAGACAAAUGGCAAGACGCUGGAAGAGGUUGAGCUUCUCUUCUCGGGCGAGAUUAAACCGUGGAAAACGAAGUCUGGUCAUUCAAAGUUGGACGAGAUGAUCAACGAAGCCAGAGACAAUCACUUGACAAUCUCUGCAAAGCACAAGCUUGGGCAUGAUGAGCAUGUCGAGGUUGUUGGGGAUGAGAAGGUCUGA